CCUCAGCCUGGCUCCCCGUGUGUUUCAGUUCGUAUUGAAAAAUGGACGACUUGGAGUCGGACUUCAAUCUGAAAGUUGUCUUGGUGAGUUUCAAGCAGUGUCUCGACGAGAAAGAAGAGGUGCUGCUGGACCACUACCUCGCAGGCUGGAGGGGGCUGGUCAGGUUCCUGAACAGUCUGGGCACCAUCUUCUCGUUCGUCUCCAAGGACGUGGUGACGAAGCUGCAGAUCAUGGAGCGCCUGUGCAGCAGCCCCCAGCGGGAGCACUACAGAAGCCUGCAGUCCAUGGUGGCCUAUGAGGUGGGCAACCAGCUGGUGGACCUGGAGCGGCGCUCGCACCAUGCCGACUCAGGCUGCCGGACGGUGCUCCGGCUGCACCGCGCCCUGCGCUGGCUGCAGCUCUUCCUGGAAGGUCUGCGCACCAGCCCCGAGGACGCGCGCACUGCCACGCUCUGCACUGACUCCUACAAUGCCUCGCUGGCUGCCUACCACCCCUGGAUCAUCCGCCGGGCUGUCACUGUGGCUUUCUGCACGCUUCCCACACGCAAGGUCUUCCUGGAGGCCAUGAACGUGGGGUCCCCCGAGCAGGCUGUGGAGAUGCUAGGGGAGGCCCUGCCCUUCAUUGAGCAUGUCUACAACAUCUGCCAGAAGCUCUACGCCGAGCACGCUCUGCUGGACCUGCCCUAGGGCCGGCGGGCCCGGCAGGGCAGGCUUCCCCUCCUCCAGAGCUGGGCUGGGGCAACCAGGGCCCGUGAGUCCCACCA